UCCACCCUCCCCAUAUGAAUGACUAAUACAACAUGUUGUCAGGCUAACGUGCUUCGAGUAUCCGGAGGGUUCUCUUCCCUUUGGGGCUUCACUCUAAAGCUGGUUCCUGUACCCGUUGAGAGUUUGAGUGACGCUUGAAACAGCCUCCUGCCUAGGGAGCGGCUGAGCUGGCAAAGUCAUCUUGGACUGUUGUAAAGACACUCCAGCAAUGCAAGGCGAUUGGCCUCAAGAGGCUGCUGUAGAACCAGCAUCUUCAGCUGAUGCCCAAGGAGAUGGACCAAGAGAUGCUGCAGACAUAGCACAAAAUAUUUCUGAUGCAGAUGCCGUAAAAAUACUUUUGGAUAUGAAGAUGAAGAAGAGACAGAAAAAGCCCAGCCUUCCCAGUACUGUGACAGAACUGGCCACGGAGGAAGGUUCUAAAGUGUAUGUGGUUGGCACAGCCCACUUCAGUGACAGCAGCAAAAGAGAUGUAGUGAAGACUAUACAGGAGGUCCAGCCCGAUGUGGUCGUGGUCGAGCUAUGUCAGUAUAGAGUUUCUAUGUUAAAAAUGGAUGAGAGGACACUACUAAAGGAAGCCAAAGAAAUCAAUCUGGAGAAACUUCAGCAAGCUAUAAAGCAGAAUGGCCUCAUGUCUGGAUUAAUGCAAAUGCUUCUGCUGAAGGUGUCAGCACACAUCACAGAGCAGCUGGGAAUGGCUCCUGGAGGAGAGUUCAGGGAGGCUUUCAAAGAGGCUAGCAAAGUACCUUUCUGCAAGUUUCAUCUUGGAGAUAGACCAAUCCCAGUCACAUUCAAGAGAGCCAUUGCUGCGCUUUCUUUCUGGCAAAAAGUCAAGCUUGCCUGGGGCCUGUGUUUCCUCUCAGACCCAAUCAGUAAAGAUGAUGUGGAAAAAUGUAAGCAAAAGGAUUUACUGGAGCAAAUGAUGGCAGAAAUGAUUGGGGAGUUUCCUGAUCUGCAUCGAACGAUUGUCUCAGAAAGAGACAUUUACUUGACUUACAUGCUGAAGCAAGCAGCUAGGCGAACAGAACUACCUCGUGUUUCUGAAGCUGAACCUAGAAGAAGUGUCCCUUCAGUUGUAGUUGGAGUAGUUGGCAUGGGUCACGUGCCUGGGAUUGAAAAGAACUGGAAUACCCACUUGAACAUCCAGGAAAUAAUGAGCGUGCCUCCUCCAUCAACUGCAAGUAAGAUCCUCAAGUUUGUCAUAAAGACCACAGUUUUUGGACUGAUGGGCUAUGGCUGCUACAGGAUAGGACAAAGGACAGUGCAAUUUAUUCUCUCCAUGCCUGUUGCACAGAGCUAUCUUCACAAACUGAUGGACAUAAACCCUCAGCAUUGAAUCAGAAGACUACAAGAAGUUGGGACAAAGAACAGCAUACGUAAACAUAGGCUGGAAAAAAACAGUGAAGGGUUUCUGUCCCAAUGUACCACCUGAUACCGAGUUACAGUGUAACCAAAUGGACUGAGGUUAAAUGCGAUACAAACUGUGACUUAAAUGAAGAAGCAGUCAUUCACCACCAUAAUGAAAUGUGCAGCAUAAAAGAAAUAGAGGCCAUUGUAAGGUACCUGAUAUAUUUACACAGACACAUAUCAGUAUGUGUAAAUGAUAUAUUUAUAAAUAUGAUUACAGUAUGCAGAUAAUAUCAACUUUAAUAUUGUUAGACACAAUCUGCUGGGGGAACUUCCCAUAUGCAAGUGUCACUGAAAUGAAACAGACCUAUGCAAGAAUGCAGCAGUCCAUUUCAGUGAGUUUGCUAGUGGAUUGUGACCUUUGAUCUCUCCUGGCCCACAACCAUGAGGGAAAGAACAUGGUAGUUUUGUUCCUGUUGGAAAUUACAGGGGCCUAUAUAUCAAUUUAUCCUUCUUGGUGCUAAGCACCUAUAUAGUUAUUUGGAAAGACCUCUUCUUACGGGAAGACUUUUAUACUUCGUAGAGUUUUUUAAAAAAAACAAAAACAACAAACAAUACAGAAGCUUUUGAAAAUAUCAAAAACUCAUUGUUGAUAAACCUCUAAUACCUUUAGGAGCCUUACAAAAUACAAUUGUACACAGUUGGUAUCAUCCGACCUUUAAAAAUCCCAUCUAUUUCAGAUGGGGGAUUAUACAUGUGUUUGGCUGCUUCCCCACAGAGAUUUUGUUCCCAGUUUGGCAUUCAACAUGGAGUGGGUUUUUGGCGGGGGGGUAUUUGGAGCCCCCAAGCAAUAUCAUCCCAUAAUUAACUACUUUCCAUUUUUGUAUUACUCUUUCCCAAACCUGCUUUUGGACAAUUUUUUUUGGAAACAUUGCCAUCAAAGCCAAAUGGUAUGCCAAGUGGAUGGGAAGAUUGCAUUUUGCUAAACUAUUAUAAUGCAGUAACUAUCUGCUAGUUCUUCUGAAUUCCCAUCUUUGAUCUAAAUUUUAAAAACAAAACUAAGUAUCUAGACCUUUUUUUGCAAUAUGCCAUUCCCCACAGAUCUCUCAACAAAAAGGACUACAGACCUUUUUCUCUAAUGAGGUCUAUGUAUUCAGGGGGACUCGAAGAGAGAUCACUGUAAUGCAAAAACUAUAAUGCUAAAAUGGGUGGGGGUGUGGAGUAUGAGACGAAGCAAGUGCAGGGCUAAACUUUGAAGCUGCCAUGGAGAAGUAGCUCAAAACUGCUGUCCAGCAGAUUUUAAGGUGCUUAACUUUGGCUGGAUGGUGCAUUUUGGUUUUAGGCCUCCUGACCAAUAUUUUUGUUUUGUUUUUCAAGAAGGAUGUUCUCUGCAGACUUUAUUUUAGUUGCAGUUGGGUAAUUUCUUGCGUUUAUAGGAAUACAGUUCCUCUGAAUUAGGUUACACCAAGUCCUAUUGGCAUGUAUUUCAGUUCUGCAAAAAUUUUGAGAGUAGAUGUCUCAUACUGUUGCUUUCUUACAUCCCUUCUUUGAAACAAACAAACAAACCUGGAACUGAUCUGUGUAGUAUUUACCCCUCAUUUUUCUGGAUACUAUGUAAGUUCCAGUAGAAUGUAAUAAGACUGGUUUAAAACAUCAGUGGAAUGUUACUUUAACUGUUUAACAAAUAAUCCAGAAUCCGUGUCUUUGAAAAGUUUUGUUCCUGGGUUUCGUUCCUGGGGAGUUUAUGGGUUCCUUCAACUUUUUCCUCUACAGAUUUUUUAAAAGCCCCUUUCUCUUAACAUGUUUUGUUGAUUUUAUAUGCCUUUAUGUUGCCUUUGAGUGUAUGUUACAUGUUGCCAUGUCAAGAUAAUAAUGGUAUAAUUGUCAUGAUUACUAAUCUGUCCUAUGAAAGGCUGCUAUGAAGGGGUUUUCAGUGAACUGCUCCUUGGAUACUGAGACCACUUUGGAGCAGAAUCCCCUUUUCUCUCUUUUAGGAAGGCAAUGCUAGAUCAUGGGGAGGGGAAACAGAAAGCUGGUAUUUGUGAGAUUGACAACUUGAAUAUACAUUUAGAAAACCCAGUUAUAAGCCCCCAUUUCCCAAGUUGUUUUGUGAUGAAUUAAUGCUAUUGCCAUCUAAAGAUAUGUGUUAUUUGGGUGCAAUCCGGCAUAGAUAAGUCCCAUUGACAUCAAACCCACAUAAGCUAAAUUUAUGAUACAUUGUAUUGAGGUUUUUGUGUGGGUCUUAAAGUGUAGAUUUAAUUACUUACUGAUCAUGCUACAGCCACAAUGCUUUAGGGAGUUCUCUGCAGUCUUUAAUCAUUUGAAUGGGGCAUAUAAUGGAUUCUGAUCACUUUUUUUAAAAUUAAGGGAGAUGGGAACACUUACAGUCCCCAAAGGGCUGUACUUGCUGCAUCAUUGCAAUUACUACACAUACAUUUAAUGUUUUUCUUUCUUUGCAUCAUGUAGCACAGCUAUAUCUUUUUUUUAAAAUGCUGGGAUUACCAGUUUGGGAACAGUCACUAGACCUGAUUUGUAAAACUUGUUUUCUUUGGAAUUGUAUCACUCAAAUCACAUGGAACUGUCUAGAGCUAAGUGGCUUGUAACUGACAACUGCAGUACCUUUAUCACCCAUUGGGAGUAAUUAUUUAUACCCCUUACCCUUUGGUUAAGUACAGAAGCUAAACUGAACAGAGCCUCAUAAAGAAACUGUGACAAAAGGGUGAACUGUACAUUUACAAAUCAAGAGAAGAUCUGGCAAUUAUUUUGAGGGAAAAGUGGAGUCGUUGAAUUGGACAGUACUAUGUUAAAGCAAUGUAUUAGCAGUUAAGACAGUUUGACUUCUAAUGGAUUCUCCUUUACCUUUUAAAGAUUUUGAUUAAAAAGUUCAUGAUAAAAUAGCAUCUUUUAAAAAAAAUAUAAAUCUUUCACAGGCUUCCCACCCACAUUUUAUAGAUUAAGUAUUCAUUCUCAGGUAAAAUUUUGCAGGCUGUGAAAAAAGUGUAAAUUGCAGACAAGUGAGCCUUAAGCUUGAAUGGAUUCCUGUUAAAUGAGACACUUGAGGCACUCUGUGCUUUUUAUGUAUUUCAACAUGCCAAAAAAAAAGAGAGGCAAGAAUAAAAUUACUAUCUGGAA